AUGAGCACGUUUGAAAAAGUAAAGGAGGAGAAGCUAGAGUUCGAGAAGAAUUCCGACCAGCACAUCUAUGAGAAGGCUCUCCUCACCUUCAAGGGCGUGGAUGGAAUGGAUGUAUACAACUGCUCUGUGCCCUUCAAAAGCAACGGCCAAACUCACAUUUUUGGUCGUGUGGAGAAGCGGUGUGAAUGGGCCAACUCUUUUGUGCGGUUGUUUGUGGAGACGGGCAAGGAUGAGUUCACUCUGGUACCUGACAACAUGGUGUGGCAGCUUGAGGACCCGUUCGUGUCAAAUAUCGAUAAUGAGAUGGUCUUUGGCGGGACGCACAUCCGGAAAACGAACAACCGCGUCUGUACCUACUACUGCGACUUCUUUCGCGGCACUGCGGAGAGCAUGAGCUACUUCACAACGGGCCCUGACAAUAUGAAGGAUAUUCGUCUUGUCACGCUAGCCAACAAUAAGAUUGGCGUCUUCUCGCGACCGAAGACGGCCGCGCACGCCUUCAUCGGCUUCACAGUGAUCAACAACAUAAUGGAGCUGACACCAACAGUUGUCGAGGAGGCUUCGCCUCUCAAUGUCAUUCACGCCGGUGCCUGGGGCGGGGUGAAUCAGGCGUAUUUACUGAGUUCCGAUAAGGUGGGGUGCAUCAGUCACUACAGCUACAUCGACAAGGACGAACACGGCAAUGAUAUCGCUGUGUACACCAACUAUUCCUUCGUCCUGAAUCCAUACAUACGUGAGGUCGAGGACGCAAAAAUUAUAGGGACCAAGGGCUGCUACCCCAAGUGUUCCCCAAAGGUUGACAAGCUGCUCGAUUGCGCUUUCACUUCUGGCAUUGUCAUGCGCGAGGACGGCCGGUGCGACUUGUACAGCGGGUUAGGAGACGCGUACGAAGGCCGCAUCACCAUCGACUACCCGUUUGAAGGCCAUGGAACUCUCAUCGACAACCUGAACUUCUAA